GAGGCGAAUCGAUUUUUGUAGUGAGGCUUUGGGCUUUUCAGAGUCCUCCCAAGAGUUGGUGGGGGUGUUCUGCGGAGGCCUACGCAACAGUUUGAAACCUCAGUCUAUGAAAGACCGUCCAGGAAGUAGAGUUACUCAGUUUGAAGUAACUCCGGGAGCACUUCACAAGGUCCUUCCCUCCUGGAGACUGCGGGACUUGGUGUGUUCAGGUCUGGUCCUGUUUAGGAAGCCGGAUAGAUUAGGUGAAACCCAUCAGGGGACGUUGCUGGCACCGGAUUCUGAGUACCUUCGUGGCCUUGUGGGGUGCUUGUGCGCGCGGGGCCACUGCGCGCGUGGGUGCCCGUGCUUGCGGGGGCGCUGGGAGGCGCGUGAGUGUGGCCGCCGGUGGGUGUGUCUGUGGCGCCCGGGCUGGGGCUGCGCCCGCUGCGCCCGCUUGUGGCUCCCUGGAGUCGUCAGGAGGAACAUCGCCUUUGCCGCCUCUCCCGAGGACGCAGCGGGAUAGGAGGACAGGAGGCUGAUGACAUGAGGGCGCCGUCUCCCGAGUGAUGGCAGCGAGCACUGCCUCGCCGCCUCCGCCGCUCAGCCCCGGACUCCUUACGUCAGGGUAGCUGGGUCCCCCCUCCGCGCGGGAGCCAGCGAGCGGCGGGAGAGCUGAGCAGAGCGCUCCGCAGAGCCGGGCGCCUCACGGUGCGCGGAGCCCUGCGAGCCGAGCCAGGAGGAGGCAGAGCCGCGGCGCCGGGCGCCCCACGCCUACCCGGUGCUCCUGGCCACCGCCGCCCGGACCCGUGGGGCACCGGGCUCGUCCUGUGCGCCCCUCGCCAUGCUGGCCGAGGUCCGCAGCUUUCCGGAGAAGCCCCAGCGAGGUGGGCACCGGAGCCCAGGCCGGGGCGCGUCUCGCUGAAGUAGUUGGGUGGCCGGGGCAGGGGGUCGCCACGUCGGGGCUUCGGCCGGGACCCGCGGAGUUGGCCCCCGAGCGCGGGGAGCGGGGCCACCCGCGCCGCCCCACCAUUACCUCCCCAGGAGGCAAGGAGGAGCUGGUGGCGGUCGCCUCCCGGCUGUGGCAGCGGCGGCGGCGCGCCUGCUUGGCGGCCGUCGGCGUGCUCCUGGCCAUGGCGCUCGGGCUGCUCAUCGCCCUGCCGCUGCUGCUGCAGGCGGCGCCUCCAGGCGCGGCGCACUACGAGAUGAUGGGCACCUGCCGCAUGAUCUGCGACCCGUACAACGCCGCACCCGGCGCGGGCCCCGCGGGCGCCAAGGCCCCGCCGCCGGGACCCAGCACCGCAGCCUUGGAAGUCAUGCAGGACCUCAGCGCCAACCCUCCGCCUCCCUUCAUCCAGGGACCCAAGGGCGACCAGGGGCGACCUGGCAAACCAGGGCCUCGGGGGCCCCCUGGAGAGCCGGGGCCACCUGGACCCAGGGGCCCCCCGGGGGAAAAGGGCGACUCGGGACGGCCGGGGCUGCCUGGGCUGCAGCUGACAACGGGCGCGGCCGGAGUCGGAGUGAUGGGCGGCGGAACCGGGGCCGGUGGCGACUCGGAGGGCGAAGUGACCAGCGCGCUGAGCGCCGCCUUCAGCGGCCCCAAGAUAGCCUUCUACGUGGGACUGAAGAGCCCUCACGAAGGCUACGAGGUGCUCAAGUUCGACGACGUGGUCACCAAUCUCGGCAAUCAUUACGAUCCCACCACGGGCAAGUUCAGCUGCCAGGUGCGCGGCAUCUACUUCUUCACCUACCACAUCCUCAUGCGCGGCGGCGACGGCACCAGCAUGUGGGCAGACCUCUGCAAGAAUGGGCAGGUACGGGCCAGCGCCAUCGCACAGGACGCCGACCAGAACUACGACUACGCGAGUAAUAGCGUGGUGCUGCACCUAGAUUCCGGGGACGAGGUGUACGUGAAGCUGGAUGGCGGGAAGGCGCACGGAGGCAAUAACAACAAGUACAGCACGUUCUCGGGCUUUCUUCUGUACCCGGAUUAGGGGCGCAGAGGACGCAAGGUGGGGUGGCUUCAGGCUGCUCCUUUCCCUCUGGGGCAGGGCUCUUUGGCGAGGCCACUCUUUGCUUCAUGACACUCCCUGACAUCUCCGUUGGAAAAGACACAUUCCUGCUGUUCCCCAUGCCCCGCCCAGGCCUCAAUGUGUUUGCAUCUAACCAAGCUGCCUUGUCCCUGUGCCAGGCCUGGGGAGGGAGCGGGUAUGCCCACGUGGCGAGCUGAGCGUGAACCCCAGCCCUCUGGGCAGCCCUAGUGGGCAGACUUUGCAAACCUGAUUGGACUGGACAGGCUCUGCAGGCGCCUACUCUCUUCCAGGUCCCCUCCUCCUCCUCUCCUCCUCCUGCUCCCCCCCCCCCCCAGUAUCCCAGGCCAAGGGGACCAGGCUCCAGCUCCCUGGGGCACCCUUGUUUGUGACCCUAAAUAUUUGUGCAGAUUUUCCUGUCCAUCAGCCAAGAAUCCCACCCACAGCAGAAUUCCAGCAAAGGGAAAAUUCAUCUUUCCACACUGCACUCCCUCCUGACUCAGACUCACAGCAAUGCAUUAAAUUAUGUUUUUAGAC